GCGCGGUCGAGCGCAGCCUAGUGCGGUCCGACCCGCCGAACCGCCACCCCUUCGCCGGACAGCGAGGCUACAUGGGGCCGUACGCGAAGUCCCCGAGAUCGUCGGCCAUUCGCAUCGAGAACGGGGCCGGGCUGCGCAACCUGAAGAGCAUCAAGUUCAAGUAAUCCCACGAGGAGGCGCGACCCCGACGACGACCCCGACCAGGCACCCCGAGUGGACCCUCGUGACCGAGGAAGAGGAGCGAAGAGGAGUCCCCGAGUUCCCAGGAGUCGCGCUCCCGAAGGAGGUCGUCGCGAAGGGGAGGGACCGCGAUGGUCCCCGGGAGAUGACGCCCCGGCCUUGCCGAGUCUGACCCGGGGAGCUCGCUCGCCGCGAAGAUGGUCGUCAAGUCCGAGGUGGGGCGCAACGGGCACGAGCUGGCGCCCCUGAACGAGGGGCGCGGCCAGGGCCGCGGUGGCGGCACCAGCGUGACCAUCGUGGCGGCCGGGGGCCAGGGCGCCUCGUCCGGCGCCGGUCCCCAGGAUGCCAAGCAGGACGGCCGCGCCGCCUGGAGCGGCAAGAUGCAGUUCUUCCUCAGCAUCAUCGGCUACAGCGUGGGCCUCGGCAACAUCUGGCGGUUCCCCUACCUCUGCCAGCAGAACGGCGGCGGGGCCUUCCUCAUCCCCUUCUUCGUGAUGCUCAUCCUCGAGGGGGUGCCGCUCUUCCUGAUCGAGCUGGGCCUCGGCCAAAGGAUGCGGCAGGGCGCCCUCGGCGUCUGGAACACGAUUCACCCCUGGCUCGGCGGAAUCGGCAUCGCCUCCUGCAUCGUCACCUUCUUCGUCGCGCUCUACUACAACGUCAUCAUCACCUGGUGCUUUUACUACCUUUUCAACUCCAUCGAGGCGGUUACGAUUAAAUUCGGGGAUCCUCUGCCCUGGGCGACGUGUCCGGAGGUCGGCGGCAAGCCCGUCGAGGAAUGCGCCAAGAGCUCGGAGACGGCGUACUUCUGGUACCGCACCACCCUGGACGCGGCCCCCUCGAUAGAGGACGGCCAGGGCCUGAAGUGGUGGAUCGUCCUCUGCCUGCUCCUCAGCUGGGUCGUCGUCUUCUUCAUCGUGAUGAAGGGCAUCCAGUCGUCCGGGAAGGUGGUGUACUUCACGUCCAUGUUCCCCUACCUGGUGCUGACGAUCUUCUUCAUCCGGGGGAUCACCCUGAAGGGGGCCAGCGCCGGACUGGCCCACAUGUACACCCCUAAGGUGGAGAAGCUGCUGGACCCCAUGGUGUGGCUCGACGCGGCCACCCAGGUCUUCUACAGCUUCGGCCUUGCCUUCGGCUCGCUCAUCGCCUUCGGCAGCUACAACACCCCGGACAACCACUGCGUCCGCGACGUCAUCCUGGUGAGCGUGUGCAACGCGUUCACGGCGAUUUACGCGAGCGUCGUCAUCUUCGCGAUCCUGGGCUUCAAAGCUAUGACGAACGUCGACAAGUGCCUGGCCGGAAACCGAAACCUGUUCGUGGAGAACGGCUUCCUGGACACGAACUCGACCGAGAGCGAGUUCGAGCUGGUUACGCGGGUCUUCAACUCGACCGGGGCGAAUUUCACCAUCGAGGAGUGCAGCCUGAGCAAGCAGCUAGACAAUGCGGCGGAGGGCACGGGUUUGGCAUUCAUAGUGUUCACUCAAGCCAUAGUCGAGCUGCCCGGGGCGCCAUUUUGGUCCUGCAUCUUCUUCCUGAUGCUGCUCGCCCUGGGCUUGGGCUCGCAGAUCGGCAUCCUCGAGGGAAUGCUCUGCGUAAUCUUCGAGAUCGAUCUAUUCAAGAGGCUGAAGAAGCAAUACAUGACAGGUGUCGUGUGCGUGGUGUGCUUCUUCGUGGGCCUGAUCUUCUGCACCGGUGCCGGUGAAUACUGGUUGAAGAUGUUCGACAGUUUUGCUGGAACCAUCGGCCUCGUCAUGGUCGCGCUGAUGGAGAUGAUAUCCGUCAUAUUCGUCUACGGGCACGAGAAGUUUACAAAGGACAUCGAGGAGAUGACCGGCUACAGACCUGGCUUGUACUGGCAGGUUACCUGGAGAUUCCUCGCGCCAAUAAUCAUGGUCUGCAUCCUGGUCUCCAGCAUCGUCUCCAUGUUUAUCAAAAAGCCCCAGUAUUCAGCCUGGAAUGCGAGUCUGGGCGUGGCAAUUCCUACGAGUUACCCGAGUUGGGUGCUCGCAAUCGCCGUUGUUAUAAUACUCUCGGGGAUAGCGCCGAUACCGAUAGUCUUUCUCUUGAGGAGAUUCCAGUGCGUCAAGCUAGACGUCGACAUUCAUCAGGGUAGCAUCCGACGAAUCGAUACCACGGUCUCCACCAAGGAGAUGAUGGGCGACGUUGACCUGGACGAGUACCACGACAGACUCGAGGACUUCCCCGAGGAGGACGAGGACGUGAACAGCGACGACGACAAUAACGGCGCCCCGUCUUGCGCGGACAUAGCCGCGAAGAAGCAUCAAGGAAGGGCCUUCAAGAUGGAAGUGAUGGAUUUCUGAAAGGCCCUCUCCGCUACGGGACGUUACUCCUUAGCUCGCCGGCCUCGUAACAGCGGGAAGGGCCCCCUCGUGGCCGGCAGGAGUUUAAUUACCCGAGGCGAGCUGCCGAGGUUCAAGGAAUUAAACUGCCAUCCUACGAAAGUGGCACCGAAACAUAGUAAACUGGGCAAUAGACGUAGUAUUAGGUGACAUCGCGUCGACGCAUGGCAGACCUUUCGGGCAGCCUCCGAAGAGAAGGCGUUAAGGUGGUGCGAAAGUGCCACGAAGAGGUCUCGUUCAUGAAACUCUUCUCCCAACUGAGGGCACCGUAUCGCUUGAAAUUUGACAAUGUGAAUAUGGAAGCUUUAAUGAAGGUCUUGACACCCAUAACAUUUAAAUUAAAAAAAAAAAAACUUUCUUCACGAAUG